AACCACGCAGUUUGGAUAUGGACCGGUGGUUUGUAAUUAUGAGCGCGCUACUGUUUAUCUCGAGAGCUGAAGAUGCUGCGCGUGCUCGCGCGCGCGCGCGCCAUAAAUCAACAUCUGUUCGAUCAGAUCAAGAGAAGAUGAAAGAUUUGGAGAAAUUCCAGCGCAAAAAAGAGAUGAGGCGGAGUAUCGGCGCCUCAGAGCAGUACACGGAUGACGUCAUCUCGAGCCACGCCUUUGGUCAGUGGGCGGAUCAGAGAAUCACGCCAAAUACGUCAAAUCCGAGCACGAUGAAGCCUUCAGCGUUUGGAGUCUCGUUCCUGAAGUGCGCUCAGGUGGACAGUGGUGUUGAGCUGCGAGUGACGCUGCUGGUCAGGAACCCAGAGGAAGGUCACGACCUCUCGCAGCUCUGCAUCCAUGACUCCGUGUCUGAUGUGACGCUCCUACAGACCAACGGGAGCGUUCAGGAGAGAGGAUACCAGACCUUCAGCACGGACACACUGCCCGCUGGGUCUCAGUUUGUGGUUUUGUACAGGAUGAGAGUGAAAGGAAACAGAAAGCAGGUUUUGACAUUACCAGCGUUUCUGACCUUCUCCAACGCCACUCAGAAUGACAUUCAUCUGUUUGGUCCAGUGGUGGCGAAUUUUACUCUAAGGAUAAACACCCCUGAACAGGUUGAUGUGGAUCGCUCUCUUCUCCUCCUGGGGUCAUUCCUGGGGUCGCUCCUGCUGUUGUCUCUCAGUGUCAUCGGUGUGAAGCUCCUCCAGCGCAGACGACUGCGCAUCUCUGCACACACAAGGAGCAGUGUGAAUGAAGAGGCGGGGCCGUAUGAGGGAACAUGUGACAUCACUGCGUCGGCCAAUGAGGAGGCAGCGUUUGAGGAUAAAUUUGUGGAUAUCUUGAUGUUGGAGGAUCCACAGAACAUGAUGGAGGCACUCGACAGCUUGAGCGUGUCGACGCUGUCGCGUGCCGCCGUGGCGCUGGAGCGUGUGCGAGUGCAGAUGUUUAAAGGGCUGGUGUCGGCGCUGCUGGCUGGCGUCCGGGCCGAGAGACGGGUUCUCGGGGUCGUGCACGGGCAGAUCGUGGGCAUGGAGGGGAAGGUCCAGGAGGAUCACGAGGCUCGGAUGAAGGCGCUCGCCGCUCGGUGUAACCUGGAGACGCAGGAGCAGAUCGAGUCCCUGCAGCGCACACACACCAGCGACGCGGCGCACGCAGAACGACUGCUUCAACAGGGUCAUCAGGGUCACCAGGAUGUGCGGGCUCUACUGGAGGAGCUUCAUCAGCGGGAGCGGGAGCGUCUGCAGGAGCGUCUGCGGGUCCGGCACCAACACGCGUCUGCGCAGACACUGAGACUGCAGACACUGAGCCGGCGGUUUGAGCUGCACAAGAUCCUGGGCGAGGAGCUGGACGAGGCCGUGCGGACAGGAGAACUGCAGAGAACCUCAGCCGACACACUCCGGCUGCGCUACUACAGCUGUCAGGAUGUUCUGGAGGAGGGGCUUGAUGUCAUUCUGGCCAAUCAGAGAGCACUGCUGGCCAAGCGACACGCGCAGCGCCGCUUCCUGGCGACGAGUUUACAGAGUCUUCAUACCGCGACGAGCAAAGCCUUCAGCAGAGACACACACAGAGAGUGUUCUGACGUUCAGCCGGAGAUUCUGCGCGUCAAACAGAGUUUAGAAGAAUCUGUGUGUCGUGAGCGAAGAGCCAUCCGCUGUGACAUCAUCAAGAGGAGACGACAGCUCCUGUCAGAGAAGGUGUGUGAACACUGGCGGCAGCUGCAGGCCGUCUCUGACGUCACCGUGGAUCAGUUCCUGCAGAAAUGGACUGAACUGCUGAUAAUGCAGAACAAUGAACUCUCAGACCUCAUCACUCACCUGGACGAGGAGGCGGCGGCACGAACACGCAAGGUGAGUGUGUGUGUGCUGCAGACGGCGCUGGCACAGCUGAAGGGUCGUUCGCAGACGCAGGCGGUUCAGGAGAGUCUGCAGAGGCGGGGUCAAGCGGCGGCCCGAGAGCUGAGAUCCACUCAGAGCCGCAUCAGACGGCAGCAUCAGCAGGAGCUCGAGGAGCAGAACCGGUCCAGACACGCCUUCAGACGAUACUGCAGCGCUCUGGUUGAGUGUCAGCGCUCCCUCUCGCGUGAGCAGCGUGUGCGUCUGCAGCUGGAGUGUGUGAAGGCCGCAUGUCGUCUGGAUCGAUGUCUCGUGCUGCAUCACACCAUCUGUGAGCUUGAGCAGCUCGGUGACCCUGGCGUGACCCUCAGUGACCCCUGUGUGACCCCUGCAGGCUCAGAGACAGAGCUGCAGAGGUCAUCAGAGGUCACGGAGCUGCAGUGUUUCCAGCGGUGUCUGCAGGAGAGACUGCGACGGCUGCGCAGCGACACACUGCCGCGGGAGGCGUGUGCGUUCCAGGAACAGCAGCUGAGUGUGUGUCAGGAGUGUGUGGCCGUGUUUGUGGCGUCGCUGCAGUGGGAACAAGCGGAGAAGAAAACCAGAGUGACGGAGACACACACAGCCCUGCUGACACUACAGACGCUCAUCACUGCACAACUGCACAGUGACAUCACACACGCCAUACACACACACCGCCUGGCUUUGGAGGAGGCGGAGCUCCAGCUUCAGCAGGAGGUGGGGCUGUGGGAGGAGUCAGCAGAGGGGCGGGGCUCAGAUGAUGAUGAUGAAGAUGGCAUGUUUACAGUGAAUGCUGACGCUGGAGUCUCGGUUCUCCUGCAGGAGGCGCUGUUCAAGAGACAGCAGCUGCAGCGCUUGACUGACAGAGAGUUGAGGAGGAAUCAGACACUUGAGCAUCACAGAGAGAAACUGCUGCUGAAGAGGCUUCAGACCUACUGUGACCAGGAUGUGGCGUUUACAGCAGCGCUGGUCAAGCAGGCUCUGAUAACUGAUCCUGAUCUACACACACUCCUGAGACUCCUGCUGCCUACAGUACCUGAAGGAGAACUGCUGUCACUCACAGAGACACUAGGAGCCGGAGCAGGGGGAGGAUCGGGAUGUGGCGUGUCUCUGGUGGACAGACUGAAACUGGACCUGCUGAGCAGAAACUCUCCCUCUCCUCAACACAGAGACCGAGAGAGAGACAGGCUGAUGAAGAAGCGCCAGAAGCUCCUUGAUAAACUUUUGAGUGGCGGUUCCGGAGGCGUUCAUGAGACUCGCAGGAGACGUCGGCGCACCCCAAACAUUCCUGUGCGGGAGGUGGAGUUGGAGGCGGAGCCGGGGGCUGGCCACAUGACGAGGGGUGGUGAGGGGGUGUGGCCUAUGGGCAUGGCUCAGGACAGUACCGUGAGGGAUGGUAAUGAGGGGGCGUGGCCUGUGGGAGUGGGUCAGGACAGUAAUGUGAGGGAUGGUAAUGAGGAGGCGUGGCCUGUGGGCGUGGCUCAGGACAGUAAUGUGAGGGAUGGUAAUGAGGAGGCGUGGCCUGUAGGCGUGGCUCAGGACAGUAAUGUGAGGGAUGGUAAUGAGGAGGCGUGGCCUGUAGGCGUGGCUAACCACAGUCUCGUUUCCUCAGAACGCCUGUUUGUUUUCCGCUGUGUUCCUCCUUCAGCGCAGCAGGAAACACAAAACACUCGAUCACGCAAGAAGAAACGCAACUUCCUGAACUUUAAGAAAGCCAGUGUGGCUCCUGAACAACACACGUGACGACCACACUGGAAGGCGAUAUGGGAACAUAAUUACGACAGUGUCUUUCUCUGUAUAUAUUGUUGUUUUAUCAUUAUCUUUUAUCGACCGUGUUGUGAUGUUUGUGUCUGCUGAAAGCUGAUUGGUUGUUGCCUGUUUGCAUUUGCACUGACUCGUGUUUGUUUCUUUGUCAAUAGUUUUCCUUCCAUUUCCUUCAUAAACACUCAGUGGAUGGUGAAAUUAUCGGGUCAGAUGAUUGUUUGGUGCGACAAUAGUACUUGUGUUGACCUGCAGCUUUAUAUUUACACACAUUUUUUAAAAAGAUUGAUCAAUUGAAAUGCUGUGAAAUUAAAUCUGUAUUUUAUUUCUGA